AUGUCCCAACGGACAACGGGCACGUUCAGUGUGUGCGGCUGGGUGUCGACGAGACGAGAAGUGCGAAUUGAUACAUGGACAAAGAUGGUGUUGCCCAGCUUUGACACAAAAAUGCCCCGAUGCGGAUCCAAGUGCUCACCGAUUUUACUGACUUGCGAAGAGGGCUUUGAAUGCAUUGAGAACGAAAGUCGUGACGACUACCUCUGCUGCCAGAUCCCUCCUAUCAAAAAGGAAGUUGUCAGCCUUAUUAAAGCCAUCAAUUUUUCAAAGCUACCUAAACCGAGGAUCCCACCUACCACAGUUGCGCCUCUAUUCACUACAAGUGACUCUAGACUCCGAUGUGGAGAAGACGUCCUCCCAAUGCUUCUUGAUGGAGAAUAUAUGCGGUGUCCACAACUUGGAGCACCAUGCCCCAAGGCCGGAUACACUUGCCAAAUUGGUAUUGGAGGACUUUAUUGUUGCCCUCUUGACGUAGAACUGGAGGAGGAAACUACAAGCACCUUCCCUCCAAAGAUAAGCAAAUUUCUGCCUGAGACCCCUUGUAAAGGUAUUUUAGAAAUUUGUACUAUAUUUGAAUAAAU